AUGACCAUGGAAGAGCCUAAAGAAGGAGCCACAAUUCAACAUAGAAGAGAUCGUGUGACUUAUGACAAGUGGAAGAAAAAGAAUUCCACUACUCGUAUCACUUCGUUGAGCAGCAUGGACAAUGAUCUCAUGAAAAAGUACCGAGAAUAUGAAUUAGCAAAGGAUAUGUGGUCCGCCCUUGCUACAAAGUUUGGAGGUACGUCCAUUGCCAAACUCCAGCCACUUACAAUCAAGUUUGACACAUAUAAGAAAAAGCCUGAACAUACUAUGAGAGUACACGUAAGGCACUUGUCAAACAUGAUUAGUCAGUUGAGAGAUGCAAGUCAUGUCCUAACUAAUGAACAACAGGUUCAAGCUAUCAUAAGAUUAUUUCCUCAAAAUUGGGAACACAUGAAGAUACACCUUACCCACAAUGAGGGCAUCAAAAAUUUAGAAGAUGCCACACGACAUUUGGAACUGGAAGAAAAUAGCCUUAAUGGUAGUAAGACAAGUACUAAUGUGUAUAUGAUUGGUUCCAAUUCAUAUGGUGGGAAGGGAUUUAAGCGUAAAUUCCAAGGUGGAUCCCAAAGAAAAAGCAAUAAUGAUAAGGCUCAAGGGAAGAAAAGAAAGUUGUAUAAACACAGAAAAGAAAAGCAUCCUGCUAGGAAGAAAAACAUGGCAAAGGUGAAAUGCUAUAACUGUGGCAACAAGGGACAUUUUGCUUGCAAUUGUAGCGAGCUGAACAAGGUAAAUUACUUGUUUGCACAAGUGAGUUCUAUAAAUGUUUCCGGUUCUGUUUUUCUAAUUGAAUCUCAUCCUUUGUGGACUGUAGAUUCAGCAGCAACAGACCACAUAACAAAAGAUAUGAGUGCUUUCAUGGAGUUUCAACGAAUAUCAUAG